UCCUCUUCUACUUUAGUUCUACUGAACAUACCGUGACUUUACAGUGUUAAUUUAUAUUAGUCCAUUAUUUGAUUACAUAUAUUUUAGAAUAUCAUUGCACUGCACUUGACGGUGUUUGUUUUGUCUCAGAUGCGGCGGUAUGUUUCCGUACUUGCGCAAGGCUCCUAAUUGUUUUAUUUCUAUGGGUGGGAAGUUGGCAGUCAUGUCGCAGUGUGUGUUAUCAGAUGGUACGGUUUUAUAACAUCGUACUGUUUCAUAGUUCAUUUGUAUCAGUCUUUCCUUCUGACUGCAUAGCUCCCCAUCUGCCUUAUAAUGAACUUCACCAUCGAUCAGACUUGGGACAGCUUACCCGUGAACCACGACCCUGUGAACAUUAAGUUUUCGCCGGGAGAUUGUGGACUUUUAAUGGAAGUAUCCGCCCCCUUUUUCAAUGAUCCAGCAUCUCCACCAGGGGGUGCUGGUCAGCCAUUUCCUGGCCUUUGGGACUAUGAAGUUGUCGAGUCCUUCUUCUUGAAUAGCAGCACAGAAAAAUAUCUGGAGGUGGAACUUUGCCCGCAUGGACAGCAUUUAAUUUUAUUACUUUCUGGGAGAGGACAUGCAUUCCAGCAAGGGUUGCCUUUGUCAUUCCACGCCUCCAUAAAUGGGAAUAGGUGGGAGGGGCAAGCUCAACUUCCGUGGAGGUAUUUUCCACCAGGAGUGAAUAAAAUGAAUUCCUAUGCAAUCCACGGUUCUGGAGAAGCGCGGACCUAUGAAGCCCUUUAUCCCAUACCAAGGGAUGAAAUUGAGGCAGGUCAAAAACCCAACUUUCAUCGUCUGGAAUACUUCCAAGAUUUCCGCCUUCAAGAAAUCAUGGGAGAUGGGUGGGUGCAACCCGAAUCCGACCUUUGGACAACGGCUAUAUGAUCAUUGGCACUGUGAGGGAUCAAUGGAAAAUAACCAUUUUUUUAAGUGCGCAGUAGUUGUUCUAAAAUUAUAAUCAUGUAAUAAAUAACGUAAUGAAUAUUAACUCAUCAGAACUGUUCAGUCUGGUCUAGGUUUACCUAAAAUAAAAAUUAGCAUUUUUAAGAAGAGAUUUAUUAAAGGACAGUACAUUUGAAGAUGUAUGAUUAAAGCUUUUAUUAAAUGCAUUCCAAAUGUA